GUGUCCCAUCCUAGCAGGGGACCGUGUUGCGAUUGCCCCUACCUCCCCGGGACCCUCGCUUGGGCCCUUGGCUCUCCUCUCCCGCCUCCUGCCUCCUCCCCGGCGCUGCCUGCCCUAACCCCAACCACCUGUGCACCCAAGAAAUCCAACUCCUCGGGCUCCGCGCCCCGGGGGGGUAGGCAGGGGGCAGGGCCACGCCGCAGAGGGGCCGCCGCCGCCUCCCGCCUCCUCCUCGUCUCCUCCCCCUCCCCCGUCUGACGCUGCCUCCUCGGGAAGGGUGUUUGGAGGGCAGCGGCCGCCCCAAGCCGGAGCCCCGCAGCGCUUCUUAUGAUCAGCUCGGUGUGUGUCUCCUCCUACCGCGGGCGCAAGUCGGGGAACAAGCCUCCGUCCAAAACAUGUCUGAAGGAAGAAAUGGCCAAGGGCGAGGCGUCGGAGAAGAUCAUCAUCAACGUGGGCGGCACGCGACAUGAGACCUACCGCAGCACCCUGCGCACCCUACCGGGCACCCGCCUCGCCUGGCUGGCCGACCCCGACGGCGGGGGCCGGCCCGAGGCCGAUGGCGGCGGUGCGGGCAGCAGCGGCAGCAGCGGCGGCGGGGGCUGCGAGUUCUUCUUCGACAGGCACCCGGGUGUGUUCGCCUACGUGCUCAACUACUACCGCACGGGCAAGCUGCACUGCCCCGCCGACGUGUGCGGGCCGCUCUUCGAGGAGGAGCUCACCUUCUGGGGCAUCGACGAGACCGACGUGGAGCCCUGCUGCUGGAUGACCUACCGGCAGCACCGGGACGCCGAGGAAGCACUUGACAUCUUUGAGAGCCCGGACGGAGGCGGCGGCGGCCCAGGGCCCAGCGACGAGGCUGGCGACGACGAGAGGGAGCUGGCCCUGCAGCGCCUGGGCCCCCACGAGGGAGGUGCGGGCUCGGGCGCCGGGUCCGGGGGCUGCCGCGGCUGGCAACCCCGCAUGUGGGCGCUCUUCGAGGAUCCCUACUCCUCUCGGGCAGCCAGGGUGGUGGCCUUCGCCUCUCUCUUCUUCAUCCUGGUCUCCAUCACCACCUUCUGCCUGGAGACCCACGAGGCCUUCAACAUCGACCGCAACGUGACAGAGAUCCACCGAGUGGGGAACAUCACCAGCGUGCGCUUCCGGCGGGAGGUGGAAACGGAGCCCAUCCUGACCUACAUCGAGGGCGUGUGUGUGCUGUGGUUCACGCUGGAGUUCCUGGUGCGCAUCGUGUGCUGCCCCGACACGUUGGACUUCGUCAAGAACCUGCUCAACAUCAUCGACUUCGUGGCCAUCCUGCCCUUCUACCUGGAGGUGGGGCUGAGCGGCCUGUCGUCCAAGGCGGCCCGCGACGUGCUGGGCUUCCUGCGCGUGGUGCGCUUCGUGCGCAUCCUGCGCAUCUUCAAGCUGACGCGCCACUUCGUGGGGCUGCGCGUGCUGGGCCACACCCUGCGGGCCAGCACCAACGAGUUCCUGCUGCUCAUCAUCUUCCUGGCCCUGGGCGUGCUCAUCUUCGCCACCAUGAUCUACUAUGCUGAGCGCAUCGGGGCCAGGCCCUCCGACCCGCGGGGCAAUGACCACACCGACUUCAAGAACAUCCCCAUCGGCUUCUGGUGGGCCGUGGUCACCAUGACGACGCUGGGCUAUGGGGACAUGUACCCCAAGACGUGGUCGGGUAUGCUGGUGGGGGCGCUGUGUGCGCUGGCAGGCGUGCUCACCAUCGCCAUGCCGGUGCCCGUCAUUGUCAACAACUUCGGCAUGUACUACUCCCUGGCCAUGGCCAAGCAGAAGCUGCCCAAGAAACGGAAGAAGCACGUGCCGCGGCCAGCCCAGCUCGAGUCGCCUAUGUACUGCAAGUCUGAGGAGACCUCGCCCCGGGACAGCACCUACAGUGACACCAGCCCCCCUGCCCGGGAGGAGGGUGUGGUCGAGAGGAAACGGGCAGACUCUAAGCAGAAUGGUGAUGCCAAUGCAGUGCUGUCUGACGAGGAGGGAGCCGGCCUAACCCAGCCCCUGGCCUCUGCCCCCACCCCCGAGGAGCGCCGGGCCCUGCGACGCUCUGCCACUCGAGACAGAAACAAGAAGGCAGCUGCCUGCUUCCUGCUCAGCGCUGGGGACUAUGCUUGUGCUGACGGUAGUGUCCGGAAAGGCACAUUCGUCCUCCGUGACCUUCCCCUUCAGCAUUCACCUGAGGCUGCAUGCCCUCCAGCUGCUGGGACUCUGUUCCUGCCACAGUGAGGAAGGGGGCUGGGCACGACAUGGCACCAUACUCAGGAGCCUUCUUCAGCAGCUCCUUGGGACAAUGGAAUAUCCCAGGGUGGUAAUGGCAGAUGGAGCUAUUUUGGGGAGAGCACAAGUUGGACAGGCACCCGCUGGGGUGAUGGCUGAUGAGCCACAGGCCACAUCAGGAACCUUCCCCACUGCCUCCAUGCCAGGCUGCAGGGCUGUGGUCCCUCUCUCCACUGCACUGGAGCUUUGAAGACCUGAGAGGCUAGUGGUUCUUGGAGCUAGAGGUUACCUGAACAGGUAUGGAGAUGAGCUGCAACAUCACCCAAGUCAUCUUGGCCUAGAGUUGGGGUGGCAGAGGGGUGAUGAAGUGCUCACCCCAUUCCCUGACCCAUCCCUGCUCUUCCUGGCCUCUUAGCCCUGGGUUCCUCAUGCCUUCCAGCUCUGCUCCUGGCCUGUCCUUAGCCCACAGCCAGUGGGUCAGCAGCUGGCUUCCUUCUAACAUCUCAUUCUUUGUUUCUACCUUUCCUUUGCUGAACUCCCUACCCCCCCUCCAGAAGGCAAUGUUGAGCCGAAAGUGUGCGUCCCAGUGUCUCACACCUGUGCUCUUUAAACACAGAGACCUGCCAAGACGCCCUCUCGUCCAACUAUGCCCAGGCUGAAGUCCUCACCCUCUCUUAAAGCGGCACCAACGUGAGAGAGACAGGCAGACAGACAGAAAGCCAGAGGCUUAGGGAAACUCUGGAACCCAGGCAAGAAUCUUUCGCUGGGAAAGACUCAGAUAUCCUUGUUUGCACAGGACUGGUGGAAAACCUCCCAUGCAACCCUCGGGGCCUGGAGCCAUCUGGGUCUGAUGUUCUACUGUACAUUGAAGAGAUAUAUAUGCACAUAUAGUAUCUAUAUUCAUACAUACUAUACUCUUGUGUGUAGUGCACGUGCUAUUGGUGGUUUGUCUUUGUUAGGCUGUGUCUCUCCAAUCCCUUGCCCUUCCCUUAGUUUCCCAUCCCUUUCCCCUUCUCUGAUUCCUUGUUGUUUCUCCUGACCAUGUGUGUGGAAUGUCCCAGGAAAAGUGCACCUGGGAAUUGCCAGUUCAGCGGGUGGCCGCAGGCUACUCUCUCUUGGGGGUGUUUACCCUGUCAGCAGGUGGCCUGUUGAAGUCUAUUGAAGGCCAGAUUGCCCUCCAGGGUCACUGCUCAGCCAGCUGCACCCCAGUUGUGGGGGGACUUCCAGGGACUCCUCUGCAGACUCCUCCACCCCUAUUUGUGUCCUUGACUGAGGAGGGCAUUUUGUCUUUUAUUAUUUUUUAUUUUUCUGUCUCCUUUGUCUGUUUGUUUUCAAAGAUGCUGCUGGGCAGACGGGCAGGGAAGGGGUCUGUCUGCCCUUCUGGCUCAGGGGUCUGAGAAGGGGAAGCCUCAGGCGAGAGGAGACCAGUUGCAAUACUGUACUUCCUGGCCGGUGGCCAGAGGAUGCGUGCAAUAGCAGAGGCCAGGCGACCCCUUCAGCCUCGGCCUCUGCCCCUCCCUCGGCCCUCCCUCCCCAUCCCAUUCCUCCCUGCCCCCGCCUGGUGUUGGUUAGUCCUUUUCUAAAGCUGUCUCCUUGUGUGUGUUCGAGGCAUGCCUAGGCCGGGCCUCGCGCCCUGUCCGCAUGCCUUCAGCUGUCAUGCUGUGCUCGAGCCCCAAUAAAGACAUCCGGAGCGUCCUGCCGCUCCUGCUGUGUGA